GAUAACACAUUUUACAUAUUUAUCACUAGGAUUAUAAAAGACCUCAGAGACAAUAGAAGGCCAGAAUCAGAUAAUGUGGAGUGGUGUCCUAAGACUGAAAAGUUUUCCAUUGAAACAUAUAUUUAUCUUUAUAAUGUUAAAAUAAGCAGAAAAUUACAGUUUUCUCAAAAUCAGGUCCAGUCACUAGGGUGACCAGGUUCCUGUGCUGGACGUUUCCAGGUUGAUGCCUGAUGACACAAUGGGCACCAGUAACAUCACAAAGUGUAAGAUGUCACAAAGGCAGCUCCCUGACCAAUGAGGAGCAAGAGCAGGGGCAUGUAGUGGGGAAGGUUAACUGCUGGUAUCUUGAGAGACCUAAUCCAGCUGGAGAAGGAAGCAGAGCUGAUUGGAGCCAAACCCAGCCAACAUCAUGUCGGGGAAAAAAAUCCAGGCGAGCUCCUGUCAGACUCCAUCCCAUCUUAUAAGAAGUGAGCUAAAGUGUCCUUUGAGCUACGUGGACCGCCUCCUGCUUGAGGAUCAACAUACCCAAGGCUCGGAUUCAUCCAUAAAUCAUUUCCGCCUUACCAUGCUUGACCACCUUACUGACUACAUCCUAGAGAUGGUAGCCAAUGAGGCCAUCAAUAGCAAUAUGCACACCGUCCCACAAGAUGAUAGAGGCGUUGGCAGCAACAGACAGCCCCCCCAAAACUUGAAGAAUGUGAACUUCACUCUGCUUGAUGAGAUGCCUGGACCCAGGAGAAGUGGCUAAAGACUGGGUCCCAGAGCCUGGAGGGAGUCCUCACAGCCGUAGUCUUAGACAAAGCUUCUCAUAGCUGAGGAAUCGUUGGCCUCUGUCAUCAGUAAAUAAACGAGUUCAAUCUA